UGAAGGAGAGGGAGGGAGGGAGGAAGGAGAGGGAGGAGGCGGGGAGGGAGGAGAGGGAGGAGGGAGGAGGGAGGGAAAAAAAAGAAGGCUAGAAAAGAUGGUGCGGAAGACUUUCAAACAGCUGCGUGACAAGGAGAGGAAGAAGGAUGCAGCGCUGACGGAGGCGGAGCGGGCGCUUGCAAAGCGCGCCGAGCUUGAUCGCAAGGGGAAGGCGGGUGAUGCAGCUGCUGACGUGGCAAGCGCAGGACGCCUACGUGGCGUCCCGACGUCGGAGUAUGUCGGAUUUCGGUCGAUGAUGACGAAUGCCUUCUCCUUCAUACAAGAUCUCACAAGGAAGAAGGAGAUAUUUGAGGAGGAGGAGCUGGCACGCAAGGAAGGGUUGAAAUCCACGUGGGCUAAUUGGCCGAGGAGGCCCGGACCUGAUGGAAAACCCCUCCCGCGAAGGGUGUACACGAAAGCGGAGAGGGCGCUUCAAGCAAUAGAGUACAUGCAGGAUUUCCCGCGCUUUCUGUUCGGCUUUCCUAAUUUGCUCGACAAGACCAAGCGGCCGUACGAUGUGCAGCAGUUCUACGGUGUCAGGGAGCUCGAGCAGGAGAAUGCAGAUUUUUUCAGACGCACAAACGAGUACUUCUACAAGGACAGGAUUGGGGUUUCACGAGGGCCGGCGCACGUGAUGCACCUGAGAACAGCAUGGGCUUUAGGGCUCAUUGAUAAAAACACCUUCGUCUGGACACAUGACAUGGAUGAGUGGGCGCCGAUCGGGAUGGUGAUUGGCCUGGAAAAGGUCAUAGCUCCUUGGGAUGUGAAAGCUCUUGCAUGGUGUACCAGGCUGGGACAUGAGGUGGGUUUCUGGAAUCCGAAGAGAGCAGAGGAGAGGAGAGAGAACAGGAGGCGGUUCAAGCCCGAUUUGCACAACCUGCCAGACCCUCGCACGGCAUCCUCACUGGCGUUCCUGAUGAAAGAAGAGGAGGCGAGCCGCGAGCCGCCACAGGAUGCCUUGCAUUCGUACCAGCUCUGGACGCGUGGCGCAGGCGGUCUCCCGGGCAAGUACCGCCAGAACCAGUUGGAUACCUCAAGACCAUUUGGCCAGCAUCUCCCACUCUAUCUCAGGAAAAAGAUUCAGAAGGCGGUUCCGGAGGCAACACUCAAAGAUUUUGCAGCGCUGGAUCACGUCUACGAGUGGGAGAACUUCGACGAGGAGAAGUAUUGCAGAGAGCCGAUCGGAGAAGGCAAGAAUGGCCCGGAAAUAGAAGAGGACAUGUUCACAAACAUCAUCAUCGACAGGUACAGAGAGUCUGGAAUUCCCCUAGAGUAGAGAGAGAGAGAGAGAGAGAGAGAGAGAGAGAGAGAGAGAGAGAGAGAGAGAGAGAGAGAGAUUGUACCGUUGAGACUUGAG